AUGGAUGAUGUAAAUAAAUACUUAAUUGAACUUGGCAUUGAAUUAAAAACACCAAGAAUAGCGUCAAAACAAACACUGAGAAAUAAUACCCCUUCGUCUGAUCCGGUAGAUUACUACAGAAAAUCAAUUUUCAUUCCAUACUUGGAUUCAUUAAUUACUUCAUUAAAUGACAGAUUUGCUGAAGAUUUUGAAAAAUUUGAAGUUUUCUCAAUCCAUCCAAAAUAUAUGAAAAGUAUAAAAAAAGAAGAACUUAUCACUAAAUUGAAAAAUAUUAAGUCAUUUUAUGGAGAUUUGGUAGAUAAUAUAUUAGAAGAAGGUCUUAUUUGGUACAGCAAUUGGAGUGAAAAAGAAAUUAAAGAUAAUACAGAUUUUCUUGAACUUUUAGAUGAAACAACAUUUUUCCCAUCAAUAAAAAAUUGUAUUUUAAUAGCAAUAACCCUUCCAUCAACUACUUGUAGUGUUGAAAGAUCAUUUAGCUCACUUAAAAAAUUGAAAACUUGGCUUCGCAGUAGUAUGACACAACUCCGCUUGAAUGGCUUAGCACUUAUGUACAUUCAUAGUGAUAUUUUAAAAAGUCAACAAUCUGACAUUGUUGAAGAUACAAUUAAGCUUUUCUGCAUGGAACCACGGCGUGUUCAAUUUUUAUUUGACGAUAAUGAUCAAUGA